GAUAACAACAGACGCCGCACCAUCCCAAACCCCCGAACGGCUCGGAAGAUGCUUAUCCUACACCUCUACGCCUCCCCUCUUCAGCCGCCAAGCGCUCUGCGCUUCGACAUUUCCCGCCUUUGCCCGCCAUUUUCAGCCGCCGUGGCUUCCACUAAAAUCCAUGUUCGACCCCACACAUCUCCAUUCGCUGCCAAAGCUAAUCCAACCCAGAGGACGAAACCCCAAAAUUUAAAGACUGAGAUUGAAGAUGACGAAGAAGAAGAUGAAGAUGAAAUUGAAGAUGAAAAGGAUGAUGAAAAAUAUGAACACGAAGAUGAAGAUGGAGGUAAAGUUGAAGAUGAUGUUUCGUCCAGCAGAGUUUACAGAGGGAGACCAGGAGAAAAGAAGGAUUAUGAUCGAGACCCAGAAAUUGCUGAAAUUAUGGAUAGUUGCAUCAAGGACCCGCAGAAAGGGCGCUCCAAAGUGGAGGAGAGACUAAGGAAGAAAAGGCCCAAAAUAGUGCACUCAAAAACUGGUUCAUCAACUCCCUUGAAGGUGACAUUCAACAAAUUUGAUUUCUCCGACUCCUAUAUAUGGCUUGAAUUCUGCAAUAUCCCACUCGAGAAAGAUAUUUCCUUAAUCUGUGAUGCAAUUCGAGCAUGGUUCGUUGUUGGACGUCUUGGUGGGUGCAAUUCCAUGAAUAUGCAAUUGUCACAAGCUCCUUUGGACCAAAGACCAAGCUAUGAUGCUAUUCAGGGAGCCAAUUUGGAGCCAACCACAUUUUAUAAUAUUGGGGAUCUUGAGGUUCAAGAUAAUUUAGCAAGAGUAUGGGUGGAUAUAGGGGUUACUGAGCCACUGCUUUUGGAUGUUUUGGUGAAUGCAUUGACGCAAAUAAGCUCCGACCAUGUGGGAAUUAAACAACUGGUGUUUGGUGGAUCUGAAUUUGAGAGCUGGAAGGAGAAUUGGACGUCUGAGGAUUCGGGUUGUAGCAUUCACAAGAUUUAAUUUAGUAUAUGCGAAGAAAGUGACUGCGGCCUCAUUUUUGUGUGCUUACCCCUAACAUACAGAAACCAACUGCCGAGAGCAGGGAAGAGGGAACCACCAGGAACCAUGUAGGUUUGGGAUUGAUACAGGUUGAGGUAUUUGUAGCUGUCAAUAUAGCGAUACGUUCCUGGCACCAACUGAUACUAAUAUAGACUUAUUUCUUGCUUCUUUUAUUUUUUGGUGAAUGUUUCAGUAAACGGCAAUUUAGAUUUGUUUUUUGUUUUAAAAAAAUUUGGUAAAGAAUUCAGAAUCCUUUAUUAAAA